AAGCAGCCAACUUAACUCAAUAUGUCCUUUCUUCCGGUUCACUUUGUCACGCAAGAUGCCUGGCGUUACAGUAAAGGAUAUUGAUCAACAUGCCGUUGUAAAGGCCGUAGCCGUCUUCUUAAAAAAGACUGGCAAAUUGAAGGUGCCAGAUCAAAUGGACAUCAUUAAGACCGCCAAGUACAAGGAAUUGGCCCCAUCUGAUCCUGACUGGUUUUACAUUCGUUGUGCAUCGAUCUUGCGCCACUUGUACCACCGCAGCCCAGCUGGUGUUGGUUCAAUCACAAAAAUCUAUGGCGGUCGUAAACGCAAUGGUGUUCAUCCAUCCCAUUUCUGCCGCGCCGCUGAUGGUGCUGCACGUAAAGCUUUGCAAUCGUUGGAACAUGCCCGCCUUAUUGAAAAGCACCCUGAUGGUGGUCGCAAGCUUACGCCCAUUGGCCAACGUGAUCUGGAUCGUAUUGCCAACCAAAUUGUGAGCAAACAACGUGAUGCGGCGAAACAGUCGGGACCAAUCGUAAUUUCGAAGUAAUUUAAUAAAAAAUAUACGCAAAAUAGAGGGGUGAAAUUAAGUGGUAUAGGCUAGCAAGUACUUUGUGGUGCCGCUUUAAAUUUAAAAAUGUCCUUUGUUUACGUGAAUAAUAAUAAAAAAAUUAAAAAAAAU